AUGCUAGAGUUACACAGCCAUGGUGCUGCAACGAGCCCUGCCGCAAUUGGCUGCAAACGCGGCAUUUGCAGUCGGCCCGUCGCACGCGCCCACGUCAGCCUUUCCUGCUUCUGCGGAGCCUUGCAGUCGCGCUCCCGGAAGUUGCGGUCUUUCGAUUGUGGCCAGAGUUGGAUAGGUCAGGGAACGCCCCCCCGUGCUGCUCACAGCACAUUUAACGGUAAUAAGGACAUACGCGCUUUAGACUCUCGCAUUAGCAGCGCCUGCUGCUUCCUAAUAAAACACGAGAGUUCGAGCCGUCCAGACCUGCGUUGCCAAGCCGGAGCGGGAGGCUCGGAAGUUGCCGAGGCAGUGCCAGACGAGCCUGUCAGGUCCAGCAAGUACGAGGCUUGGAACGCGACGACGGAGCGGCUGACGGCGCUAUCGACUGUAGCGGGGCUGUUUAUGAUGGUGCCGCAGAUCCUAAAGAACGCCACUCUGUUGCGCGCCAACCAGGGCGCAGCACUAGGCAUCCUCUCGUGGCUGGGCUUCGCCACGGGCUUCCUAGGCAACAUGCUGCUGCUCUCCUACUUCACCGCCAAGCGGGAGCUGUCAGCAUGCCUCGUGCAGGUAGUGGGAGCCACCUCCACAGCCAUCCUGCUCGCUCAAGUCUUCAUAGCGGGCUUCAUGCCGCCACCAGCCUUCACAGCCGUGGCGGCCUAUCUGCUGCUCGGCUGCGCCGUCAACUGCCUGCGCUUCACCCGCCACCUGCCCCAGCCCCUGUGGGACACGUGGCAGGACGUGAUUGGCGUUCUGGGGCUCGCCGUGCUGCCGCAGGUCAUCUGGUCCACCUUCUCCUCCAUCACCACGAAGCUUCCAGGAACCAUCUCAGCAGUAGGCGGGCUACUGUUCAUUGUAGCCAUGCGGAGGGGGCUGGUGGGGCAGCCGUGGCGGGACAGGUGGCAGCUGCUGAGUGGCUGGACUGCCACGCUGCUCUUCAUGGUCAUGCCCGUGGCUCAGCUGCAGGUGUGCUUCACACGCCCCGACCAGCUAGCGGGCAUGUCAGCACUCUCCUCGCUGCUGGGCAUCGUGGGCAACGGCCUCAUGGUGCCGCGAGCUCUCUUCACACGCGACUUCAUCUGGUUCUUGGGUUGUUCCUGGGGCUGCAUUCUCAUGGGCUGGGGUGUUCUCCUCGCCAUGGCUCUCCACGGCUUCUACCCGCCUCGCCUUUUCAUGGCUGUCUCACUUGCGCUUAUCGGCUAUCUUGCUGUUGUGUUCAAGUUUGAUGCUGAUGCACAUGGCUGCACUCCUUUGCUUGGUUCUAUUUCUGGUCACCCGCUCCACAGUGAUCCGCUUCGCAAUCUCAUUUCCAUCGGUGGUAACCCGGUAACCCAAGCUCUUCGGGAGCUCGACGACGACUCGCUCUGCGUUCCCAAGGUUGUCGUUGAAGAGUUUCCAGACGCGUUUAAAUUCAUCGCGACUGUUCCGGGCCUCGAGAAGAAGGAUAUGCAAGUGCAGGUGCGGGGGAAGGAUGUUCUGACGAUCACCGGCAAGCGGACCAGAGAGGAGAGAGACGGCGACGACAGCAACCGUGUUGUGAAGGAGUUCAGCAGCUUCAAGCGAAGCUUCCGAUUGCCACGUGGCGUGUCUACGAAAAAGGUUACAGCCGUGGCGCGGAAUGGCGUGCUCACCGUGACGGUUCCCAAAAAAACGUCUUCCAAGGUAACGUCUGGUCGUAGCGUUGCGCAUCGGAACGCGAACGCAGUAGCGAAGGAUAACAUUUCGAAGCAAGGCGGGUUGAACGGCGAGCAACGAGUGAGCAAGAGAAGGAAAGUCGUUCAUUUCGCCCCUGGUUGCUGA